AUGAACACAUCAAAAAGUGAACAAUUGAUAUCAUGCCCCGUCUGCAACUUGAAGGUUAAGUACUCAGCUAUCAACUCACACCUGGAUAAGUGUACUGGCGAUGGAAAGACAAGCAAAAAAGAGCCCACCUUGAGUAGCUUUCUCAAGGGGAAGCGAAAGCAGGCCAGUGACGAACCAGAGAUCAUUGAGGUUGAGGAAAAGGUUAAAAAGCCCAAAUCGCAGCCUUCAAAAGGUGAAAAUGCAGAUGUUAGGAACCUUCAGAAAAUCGCACACCAACCUUUGAGCGAAAAGCUAAGACCUAAAGAACUUGCAGAGUACGUCGGUCAGCAGCAUAUUAUCUCUUCAGAGCACGGGGUACUCUACAAGUUUGUCCAGCAAGGCAUUAUUCCUUCAAUGAUCCUUUGGGGUCCUCCAGGAGUAGGGAAAACGUCGUUGGCACGGCUUUUGACCAAGGCAGUCAACCAAAGCCACGCCAACGGGGUGACUUAUACGCUAAUUCAGACUAGCGCAACUAAAGCAACCGCACAGGAACUUCGAAAGAUCUUUGAAAAUUCCAGACGCGAAUUUUCGCUAACUAAAAGGAUUACGGUGGUUUUCAUCGACGAGAUUCACAGAUUCAACAAGGGUCAGCAAGAUCUCCUGCUGCCCCAUGUAGAGGCAGGCGAUAUUGUAUUGAUUGGGGCGACCACGGAAAACCCCAGCUUCCAAUUGAACAACGCUUUAAUGAGUCGCUGUCAAAUAUUUGUUCUGACAAAGCUCAGUACUGACGAAAUGUGCUUGGUGCUUUCGCGGGGCAUUGCCAUGCUCAACAAGUGCCGGCACUUGAUUUGGAAAGUCAAUCACCCACUAAAGUUGGACCGGAGUGUGCUGGAAUUUGUGGUGGACAUCUCAAUGGGAGAUACCAGAAGAGCCCUAAACCUGCUUGAGAUGAUCGAGGUUUCCACCAGAGACGAUGCAAAAGAGUUGAAAGAAGAAGACAUUCGCGAGAUCAUCAACGGAAAUUCUACGGAACUGCGAACAUAUUACGAUAGACAGGGCGAGAACCAUUAUGACACAAUUUCCGCGUUUCACAAGUCAGUGCGCGGAAGCGACGAGAACGCUGCGCUCUACUACCUUGCGCGUAUGCUACAAGGAGGGGAGGACCCGCUUUAUAUUGCUCGCCGAAUGAUCCGAAUAGCGUCAGAGGACAUAGGCGUGCUCGACAAUUCGCUACUGCCAUUGGCGGUAGCUGCGCACGACGCGGUUAUGAAGGUUGGCCUUCCAGAAGCGGAUCUAGCACUGGCACAAUGCAGCGUUGCGCUUGCCAGAGCGCCCAAAUCUGUGCAACUAUAUAGAGCUUGGAAACAGGUGAAUGCCAAGCUAAGAGAAAACCAAAACUCGUUUGCGAGCUGCGGCAUCCCCAUGCAUCUACGCAACGCACCAACGAAAUUGAUGGCGGAACUGGGGUACGCUCGGGACUACAAGUACAACCCAGAUUUCGAAAACGGCGAGGUCGCGCAAGAUUACUUCCCAGACGAAGUAAUCGCGGCGUGCGAUCGGCAGGAGCUGAAGUUCAUGGCUGGACUUCACCUCGGCAGCCAAAAGGACCCCGAAAUAGCUAAACAGCCCUGA